AGGAGGAGGAGGAGGAGGAGGAAGGGGCGCGGGAGGGGGGGGCCGGCGGUGCCGCGGGGGGGGCCAUGGCGGUGCCGCCGCCGCCGCCGCCGGGCCCCGAGCAGGCCCCGCGGUACCAGGAGUGGAUCCUGGACACCAUCGACUCGCUGCGUUCGCGCAAGGCGCGGCCGGACCUGGAGCGCAUCUGCCGCAUGGUGCGGCGGCGGCACGGCCCCGAGCCCGAGCGCACCCGUGCCGAGCUGGAGAAGCUGAUCCAGCAGCGCGCCGUGCUCCGCGUCUCCUACAAGGGCAGCAUCUCGUACCGCAACGCCGCCCGCGUGCAGCCGCCGCGCCGCCCGCCGCCGCCACUGGGGAGGGGCCCGGGGGUCUUUGGGGCCCCCCAGCCCCCCUGCAGCAGCAGCGAGGCCUCGGCGCGGGAGGAGGAGGAGGAGGAGGAAGAUGAGGACGAGGAAGACGAGGACGGGACCGGCUCGGAGGCCUCGGAGGACGCGGGGCCCCCCCGGCAGCUGAACGGGGAGGGCCGGGGGGGGCCCCCCCUGCGCCCCCCGGGGCAGCCGCCCCCCGAGCGGCCCCCCCAACCCAAGGCCUGCGCCCCGGGGGAGGGGGGCUGCCAGCACAUGGCCCCCCUCAAAAAGGAGGGGGCCUUCGGGCAGCCCGACAGAGCAGUGUCCCCGGCGCUGGCGGGGGCUGAGCCCUCGGUGCCGCUGUCCCCGGGCAGGCCGGGCCCCCAGGCUGCCGAGGGGGCCCCGUUCAGCUGCACGGCCGGGCGCAAGGACAAGGCCGUGGACCCGGUGGAGUGGUCGGUGCGGGACGUGGUCGAGUACUUCACCGAGGCUGGCUUCCCCGAGCAGGCCGGGGCCUUCCAGGAGCAGGAGAUCGACGGCAAGUCGCUGCUGCUGAUGCAGAGGGCCGAUGUGCUCACGGGGCUCUCCAUCCGCCUGGGCCCCGCGCUCAAGAUCUACGAGUACCACGUGAAGCUGCUGCAGCGCAGCCACUUCCAGGACGAGGAGCCCCCCCCGGAGCCCUUCCCGGCCUGAGAGACCCCCCCGGACCCGCGGGGACCCCCCCGGACCUGUGGGGACACCCCCAGACCCGCGGGGACACCCCCAGACCCGCGGGGACACCCCGGUAUCCGGGAGGGCUCCUCCCUCCCCCCGCUGCUGCACACAGAGACUUUGGGGGGUGGCUGGGGGGUCCCACCCCUUUUUGGGGGAUCCCACCUCUCUUUGGGACCGUCUUAUCCCUAUUUAAGGGGGUCUUGCCUCUCUUUAGGGUCCCACCUCUAACUUGGGGGGGUCUUGCUCUCAUUUGAGGGGUCCCACCUCGCUUUGAGGGGGUCUCAUCUCUGUUUUGGGGGGGUCCCAUCUCUCUUUGGGGGUCCCACCCCUCUUUGAGGGGUCUCUCUUUUGGGGGGACAACCCUCUUUUGGGGGGAUCUCACCCUUCAUUUGGGGGGGCUUCUCUUUGGGGGGGUAAUUUCUCCUUUGGGGGGUCCCACCCCUCUUUUGGGGGGCUUCUCCUUGGAGACCCCUCUUUCAGGGGGGGUCACUUCUCUUUAGAGGGGUCCUCCCCUCUCUUUUGGGGGGGUCACCCCUCUCUUUUGGGGGUCUCCUCUCUCUGGGGAGCACUGGGAGUGGGGACACCCCGCUCCUUGUGGGGUCACCCCUCUUUUGGGGGGUCCCUCUGGGGGCGGGGUCACCCCUCCUUGAGGGAGCCCCCUUUUUAGG